AGGGGGUACCCAUAAGUCCAUAACCGUAAGGAACCAUGCUGCAACCUGCGUGCACAGCUACCCCAACAUCAUCAUUCCCCCAUCCUCCACCUCAGACAAAUUCCAAGUCUUCCAUAAAACCCAACAUCACCAAACAUCAUAGUUUGUUGUUAAGACACACACAAAAAUCCUCAGACCCAAACCCUACUGUCUUAUGGACAUCCUCCAUAGCUCAGCACUGCCGAAACGGAAACUUACUCCAAGCUGCUUCCGAUUUCGUUCGCAUGAGGGAAGCCGGUGCCAAACCCAACCACAUCACCCUCAUUACUCUUCUCUCCGGUUGCGCUCACUACCCAUCUCACAGCAACAUCUCCUUCGGAUGUGCAUUGCAUGCGCACGCUCGAAAACUGGGUUGCAUGGACGUCAACGACGUCAUCGUUGGCACAGCGUUGAUCGACAUGUACGCAAAGUGCGGCAGCGUGGGCUCUGCAAGGUUGGUGUUUGACCAAAUGGGUGUAAGAAAUUUGGUGACUUGGAACACCAUGAUCGACGGAUACAUGAGGAACGGCGAGACGGAAUGUGCUCUCCACCUGUUCGAUGAAAUGCCUGUGAAGAAUGCCAUUUCUUGGACUGCUUUGAUUGGCGGCUUUGUGAAGAGAGAUUGUCACGAGGAAGCAUUGGAGUGCUUUCGGGCAAUGCAGCUCGCUGGUGCAGUGCCUGAUUAUGUUACUGUUAUUGCUGUCCUUGCUGCGUGUGCCAACUUGGGAACACUUGGUCUUGGCUUGUGGGUGCAUCGACUUGCUGCAAAACAAGGGUUAUUGCACAAUGUUAAGGUUGCCAACUCGUUGAUUGAUAUGUAUGCUCGGUGUGGGUGUAUAGAGUUUGCUCGCCAAGUGUUCGAGAGCAUGUUGGAACGAACAUUGGUGUCUUGGAACUCAAUCAUUGUAGGUUGCGCCGUUAAUGGUCUUGCGGACGAGGCUCUGAGUUUAUUCAGUUCAAUGCAGAGGGAAGGGUUUGAGCCUAAUGGGGUCAGUUACACGGGUGCUCUAACAGCAUGUAGCCAUGCCGGAUUCAUAGAUGAGGGCAUAAGAAUCUUUGAUUACAUGACGAGAGUUCGCAGAAUUGCGCCUAGAAUUGAGCACUAUGGUUGCCUAGUGGAUCUCUAUAGUAGAGCUGGGAGAUUGGAAGAGGCAUUGAAUGUGAUCAAGAACAUGCCCAUGAAGCCUAAUGAAGUGGUGUUAGGGUCAUUGCUUGCUGCUUGUAGGACUCGCGGGGACAUUAAUUUGGCUGAAAAAGUGAUGAGAUAUCUUGUUGAAUUGGAUCCUGGUGGAGAUUCCAAUUAUGUGCUCCUUUCUAACAUUUAUGCAUCGGUUGGAAAGUGGGAAGGUGCAAACAAAGUUAGGAGGGCAAUGAAGGUCCGUGGGAUUCAAAAGCAACCAGGCUUUAGCUCCAUUGAGAUUGAUUCAAGCAUGCACAAGUUUGUGGCAGGUGAUAAAUCUCAUGAAGAGAAUGAGCAUAUUUUUGCAGCUUUGGAGCUCUUGUCUUUUGAUCUUCAGUUAUGUGGCUAUGUUCCGGAUUUAUCUGUAAAACAUUCUUUUGAGGGUGAUUGAGCUUUGUAAUUGACUUGCAAUUAUUCAAUUUUGUUACUG